GGUUUUAGGUUUUGUCGCGUCAAUUGUUUCGCUUGGAACUGUGGCAUUAGGGUUUUUGUGAGAAUCGUUAUAGAUUUCAAUUUUGGGGAUCCCACACUUCUCGCCUUCUAAUUUUCUCCAUGGAUCUUUCAGACCUUAAUUCAGCCGAAAUGCAGAGAUUCUACUCGGAAGAACAGCAAAGGGCCGUGGUUAAUGAAAUGGUGGCAAAGGUGACAAGUGAAUGUUGGGACAAAUGCAUCACGGGUACACCUGGGAAUAAGUUCAGUUCCAGUGAAUCUUCGUGUCUUUCAAACUGUGCACAGCGGUACAUGGAGAUGAGCAUGCUUGUCAUGAAAAGGUUUCAGAGUAUGCAAUGAAGAUCUAAGGCCAUCGAUAUUCUUCUCAUUUUACAAAACUAGUCUUCAACUUCUCUUUUUGCACAAUCAUCAACCAUAGAGCAUCAUAUAUUAUUUAGCAAUAUUUCGGAUUAAUUUAUUUUUUUUGAAACUGUUGUGUUAGAAUAUUUACUUUGCUUUUUGACAUUCCUGAAAUUUACAGGAAAAAAAACUUAGUUCCUAUGGUGAAUAACUUAUAGCUUGUGUGACUGUAGAGUGGGUGGAUCGGAAGCGGUUUGCAAUUUUAAAUUGUCUAGCAAGCAAAAACAAUUUAUUCAUGUGCGAAAAAUGUUAUUU